AUGGAGGAACUACUAACUCAUUUGACAACGAUCAACCUCUCAGACACACCAAGCUUCCCACAAUGGAUUGUCAAUGGCAGACAACAGCGAUCCUUCUCAAGUUCUCUCAUCUACCAAUCUCUACAGGAGCCUCUUCCCAAUGUUCCUUGGUACCGCCUGAUCUGGAUCAAGAAAGGUAUUCCUAAACACAAAUCUCUGGCAUGGCUGAUGCUAUUGAAUCGAUGCCCUACUCGGGAUCGUCUCUUAUCAUGGAACCUUCAAACAGACCCAUCUUGCCUCCUUCGUAAUCAAGCGAAUGAAAGCAGAGGCCAUAUCUACUUUACCUGCUCCUUCUCGAGUGAUGUCUGGAACCAUUUCUCUUCUCGAUUUAACAUUAACUCAACAUCAAGUUCAUGGGAUGACAUUGCUCAAUCUCUCCUGUCUCAAUCUACCUCUGCGAAUCAUAAAUACCUCUCCAUUCUUUCUUGGCAAGCGGUGAUUUACAAUAUAUGGUGGGAAAGGAACGAACGGCUUCACCGCGGGAACCACCGAUCCGUGGAUCAGAUCAUAGCAAAAAUCACCGCAAUCAUCAAGAACAGAAUCUCCGCCAUGCGUCCUGAGAACAACUCACUAGCCAGUGAUCUGAUGCAGUACUGGUUUCUCCAUUUCCCGUGA